AUGACAGUGGGCAAACCUCUCCUGGGCGCUGAAAUGACUCCUAUGUUGUUCUUUUUGCUCCUGCUGAUGAGUAACGCCGGGUCAGUCUCAGCGCAGUUUAACGGAUACAACUGUGAUGCAAACCACCACAGCAGGUUUCCUGGUGAGAGUAAGACACGGAAAACAGCGUCUAAUGACAGUCUGUACACUUGACUAUACAGUAACAGAUGAAGGGUACUUUAAGAGUGGAUAUAUGAAAGAAUGAGUACACAUACACAAAGUACAAGUAUAUAAGUGAAACUGACACUGUGUCAAUGAGUUUUAUGUGCUUUAAACUUCAUUUAAUCAACAUAAAAACAAAUUAACUAUUAAAGUAAAAUCUACUGUAUAUUGUUUUAUGCAACCAAGCCUUUAUUUACUGUUUUUUACCAGUUAUAAAGUAAAGCAGGAUAUUAUUUUCAAAGUCAUUAACAAGAACAGCACAUCUUCUACUUUAUGUCUGCAUAUGACUUUAUUAGGAGGUGUUUUUAGCAUCUAUAACUAUGAUGCUUGAUACAAAAUCAGGCUUAUGAUCAAGGAAAAUGCCACUUAAGUGCGGUAUUUUUUUAUAACAAGAAAUAAGUGAUUUAAUUAUUAUUUUUUUAAACCUUUUCUGCUAGCAUAUUGACUCAAUUUCAACUUCUUAAAGUAAUUAACAUAAAAAAGGGGAUAAAAGGUAAGUAUGCAGCUGGGAACUGGACACUGUUGGAGGCACUAUUUUCAUGUUUUUGUGUUUUUUAAGGAUAUUUGAUCAACUGAACAUUAAAGGGAGUUAAUAUGUAAAACAUACACAGUUCUAGACUGAUUCUAGAUUUGAUUGCUUUUUACACUUAAAAGCAGAAAUUUUACUUUUUCAACCAUUAUGAUUUUAAAGAAAAGAAACCUGAGUUAAAAUUACACUUUUGAACAGCAGAUUAUCUGCACUUACCUGCUUUAAGACAGUUUUUAACACUCACAGAAAUAGAUUGAUUUAAUAUGAAACUUCAUCCCUCACCUAUGUCAAUUUAAAGAUAAAGACAUAGAAGUGCUCAUCGUCAGACAUCUCUCUUUUAACGCCUGGCAGACUUGCGAUUGAAGUUCUAUGUCUCUCACUUUUGCAGCCGAGCUUGUGAUGAAGCUACCUUGAAUUUAAAGUCUUACUGCUGUAUUUCAAUCACAGAGAGUUUUUUUUUUUCCUUCUCGGAAACUGGAUUUCAUUGCGCUACAAAUCUGCAGGGUUUCAGUCCUGCCAUCAAAUCAGGAACUAUUUGACCCUGUGAUGUCUGCAAAUGCUGGGAAGAUAAAGGGGCAGCUGUGCUCUGGGUCACAAAAACCUGGAGUCUGUGAAACAUGCAAACUUUGGCCUAUAAUAUUCUUUCCUGGAUGUCAGUUGCAUUUGUUUGUUUCAGUUUAAUUUUGGCUUACUUUUGUCUUUAUGGCAUUUCACCUAUAAGUCUGGUCCUGCUGAAGGUUUCUACCUGCUUAUAAAAAGUCCUUCCCCACCACAGCUGUAACUUUUUGUAAAGCCUUCUCUGUUUCUUCCUGCUUCUCCAGGUGAGCGAGACAUCAAUGUGUACUGUGGGGUUCAAACCAUCACUUUAAAGAUAAAUUUCUGCCCCGUGCUCUUCUCCGGCUACACGGACGCAGAUUUGGCCCUCAACGGUCACCACGGUGACUCCCAAUGCCGGGGCUUCAUCAACAACAACACCUUCCCCACGGCGGUCCUGUUCAGCAUCAGUCUAAGCACUCUGGAGGCCUGCGGGAACAGCCUGGUGGUGAGGAAUACACAAAUCAGCAGACAGGGUUUUGAUCAAAUCAAUGAGCCGCCUCAUCAUGCUGCUUAUUAACUCAUGUGAGAGCAAGGUGACACGGCUGAGAUGUUUCCCUCUGCAGGUCAGCACAGCUUACGGUGCCAACGCCUACGGGAACAUGUCUCUGGUACAAAUUGGGAAUGUCUCCGGCUAUAUCGACACGCCUGACCCUCCGACUAUAAUCAGCUACCUGCCCGGUUUGUUGUAUAAAUUCAGCUGCAGCUACCCACUGGAAUACCUGGUCAAUAACUCACAGUUGGCAUCGUAAGUUGCAGCUGAAAUGAAAAGCCUUAAGAAACCUUACACAGUUUGACUUCAGAGGAGGACUUUUAAAUUCAAUUAGGAGCUAAUUAAAAUUUGUUUAUUGUUCUGCUAAACCACACUGACAAUUAAACGCCUGCUUUAAAAAACGAGUGAGUCUGUGCUCAGAUAUAUUCUUCGAGCCAUUUGUUUUAAAUUAUACAUAAUUGAAUGCAAAUUUAUAUGCAAACACUCCCCUGGACUAACCGUCUAAAUGCAUAAAAUAAAUCUCCAUUAGCUGUAUCAUUAUACUAUAUGAAAUCUUAAUAUGCAUUCAGGAAACAUCUGCAAAGGGAAAACAGGAGUUCAAAUCUAUGUGUUGAUUUUUUUAAAUACUUCUCUUACAGCUCCUCUGCUGCUGUGUCUGUCAAGGACAGCAACGGUACAUUUGUAAGCACGUUGAGCAUGAUCCUGUACAACGUGAGUAUACGGCUGUGUUCAACUUUUGACCUGCACUUUUUGAUGCAAUGCAAGGAACUGAAGCACUUUCAAGUCACAAAAGUCUACCACUAAAAAUAGUCUCAAACAAAUGUAACUUCAAUGCGUAUUGGAGUAAAUUCGUGCAAAAACUACGUAGCGUUUUAGGGGUGUAGGUUUGUUCCAAAAUAUAUAUGGCUUGAUGCUUUAAAGGCUCCUGUAGUGUUGUUGCAGUUUUGGAAAAUACUUCCUUUUGUUUGCACUUUCACCUUUUUGUGCACAGGAUUCAACCUACAAUCAACCUCUCUCUAUCCCAAUGGCCGGGCUGGCGUUGAAAACCAGAGUGUUUGCAGCCGUCAAAGCCACAAACUUGGACAAACGGUACCAGAUCAAGUCUUUCUUUUCAACUCUGUGCAUUCAUUCUCAGAUGUUAUAAAUCUUUUGCUUACAGAGCCGAGCCUUUCCCACUUUCUUUUUCGAUUUUUAGUCUUUUUUGCUGACAUUCAUUAAGCCAUUAUAUUAUUACUCUACAUGAAGGCGCCAGACAGCGUCAGAGAAAGGCCUGAUCCCUGCUUUCCCAUGUGUGGUUAGAUCUCUAUCCUCCAUCCCGCCUUACAGUGCUGUCCCUCUGCAGGUGGAACAUCUUGAUGGACUACUGUUAUGCGACCCCCUCAGGGAAUCCUAAUGAUGAACUCCGCUAUGACCUUUUCUUCGGGUAAUCUCACUUUUUUCCUGGAGAAAUGAUGAGUUGAUAAACCACAAAAGACAGUCAUUACCUAUUCAGUCUCCCGCAGCGGCUGAUCCCCCUUUUGAAUGCUACUUUUUCUUCUCAAUGACUGCUUAAGAGCACGUGGAGACAUCAAAUCUGACAUUUCAGCAUGUGGACUUAUAUGUGUGUGUGUUACUUUUGUCACACAGCUGCUACAAAGACCCACAGACUACAGUUUUUGAGAAUGGUAAGAGCCAGAUGGGACGAUUCUCUUUUGAGGUUUUCCGUUUUGUGAAACACAGACAUCAAAAGAUGUCCACGGUGUUUCUGCACUGCGUCACCAAGCUGUGCCGGGCAGAUGAUUGCAUCAUGCUAAUACCUGUAAGUGUAAGAUGACCAGUUUAUGACUCCACAAGUGUGUGCACUCAUAACAACAAUGGCUGAGUCUGAUUCUGUGAUCUGCAGAUUUGUGGGCGACGGCGUAAACGAGACGUAGAGGAGAGCGUUGAAUCUCCUCCAGCAACAUCCGGGAAUGCCGUCAUUACUGCUGGACCGAUCAUCACCAGGAGUGGUAUGAACCAAAAACAGACUGUUUGAGGGAUGAUUUGACUUUUUUGGGAAGUAUACAGUAGUUAUUCACUGUCUUGUCCAUGUAGAUUCUCAUUCACUCAGGUCAUGGUUAUCUCAAAGACUCCGAAAUCAGGCAACUCUACACAGUCCAGUUGCCUGAUUUUAGAGUCUUCGAGAUAUUCACUGUCCUACUCCUCAAGUGAAGUUAUCUCCAGGCUAAGUUAGUUUAGCUUCGCAUAAGUUCUGAAAACAAACAAAAUGUUCUGGACGAAAAUCUUAAAUUUCACAAAUUCAGCAAAUAUAGGGCCAGUAUAAUGUUUAUCGUCACACCUUCAGAAUUGACACAUUCUUUGUUGAUGAUAUCAUCAAUCAAAAGGAAUAUUUUUUGCACUUGGAGUCAGACCCCCCUUUGUAGUCAUAACAACAAGCUAAUGCACCUGGUUGCAUGAACACUAAACUGGUUCAGUCAUAAUUUAUACAUGAGCUUUAUUUUGUUAUUUGAAAUCAUGUAACUUGACUUUAGGUGUCCCACAAAAUACAACCCUUUACCAUCUUGUUUAACUCAUCAAUCUCAACAACCAGCCUAUGUCCCCUUACUGACUAAAUGACUGACUUAAUUACUACCACCUUUGUGUAAUUCUUAAAAAAUACAAAAGUUAAUGGUCUUCAGCCUUCAAGAUCAAGAGUACCACCUGAAGGUUAUAUCUCUGGUGACAAUUUUCAAGUGCUGUAAAAGCCUCUUCUCCAGGACUCCUUAAAGCCGACUCAGAAUGUCCUCUUUGUCUUUAAUUGUCAUUGAGAGUCAUGGUCGGCUUUUAAAUACAUAACAGUAAAACUGUUAGCCCUGUCCAAUGAUUAAUCACACUUCUAAUCUCUUGUGAAAAUAUAGUUUGCCCUUUGUCACCUUGAUCGAAUGUUUAUUACCCCACUGAGCAAUAAACGGCGAUAAGACGUCUAGUUUUUUAUAGACCUAAUUUGCACCAUCUGCAUUCUGUACAUUUUUAGACGUUGCACUUUUAACCAUUAUUCGAUAACUAUUUAUUUCAAAAAGCAACUGUGAGAUUCAUAACUGAUCUCCAAGUACUUAACCAAAAUAAUUAUGAUAGCCGUUGAGCAAUAUACGGUGUAGUAUAGAUAUAGCCCAGAUUUAGAUUAAGUCUAAACUUGGUCUAAAUUUAGACAUCUGAAAAACGUUCAUUUUUAGACAUGUGGUGGCCUGAUUUAAUGAAAAGUCAUCUGGGCAACAUUUAGACGUCUAUUAGACCUCUUUUAGACCAAAAAAUGCUCAGUGGGACUGAGCUUUAUGGGUGCUCUUAAGGGAAUUUUGAUUAUUUUUAACAGGACGUGGCCACUUUUUUCCCUGAUUCAAGUCUUUUCCUAAGCUAACUGUCUCCUAAGCAGGCUAUACUUCCCAGAAAACUAUAAGAACAUUACUGUAAAAUAAAAUCCCACAAAAGUCAAUAAACUCUUCCCUUUUUUUUUUCUCCAGAUGAAACUCCUGUCAACAACUCCCAACUUGGUAAGCUUCCUUACACCAUGUUACAAAAUGUGACACAGUUAAAAAUACCACCCGUGACUAAGUGAGGGGGUAUGGCUAUAAAGACAGCUGAUACUCCUGGAAAUUUGUUGAUUCCACCUUUUACGAGAAAAAGAGACCAAUCUCGGGUCAUGCCUAAGCCUACGUCAAAGAAUAUUUCUGUUUCAAGUUUCUGCUUUUCCUCACCUUUUUGUCCUCCAGCAUCUGGUGCCCCCUCCCACACGGUGAACCCUGUGACCAGUGCGCUGAUCUCAGGCGUGGUCAUCCUGGGUGGGGUCAGUGUUGGCUUCUUCCUGCUAUCGGUCCGCCUCCUGCAGAAGUCUCGCCCUCCUACGACCACGGACUCAGGUGUUUGGAACCCCAGCUUUAAAUAA